AUGAAUGGAAAGUGGCAAGUCAAGCUGCUGGCCCUCGUGGCCGCGCUGCACCUGGCGCUCGCCAUCCAGUUCUCGCCCAUCGAGGUGCACAACGAGAACGAGUGCGCCCUGCUGCUGGACGGGCCCGGCCGCUCCUCGCUGUUCGACCACAACGUCAACACCCUGCGGGGCACCCUCGGCUACCGGGGACCCAACACCUGCAUCACCUACGACGCCGUCAACCAGGCGUACAUCAACGCCAGGAAGCGCAUCCAGGUGGCCCAGCCCCAGGGCCAAUGGAUGCCCCCAGAUGUCGCCAGCGUCGGCGAGCUGCUGCUCGACAUCUCCAUCCAGCUGGCCAAAGCGUACGGCCUGACGUACGAGGACAUCGAGAAGGGCCUGCCCCUGAUCGACACGUCCAAGACGCUGAUCCGUGAGGUGUGCCCGCCCUACCUGGCCAACGUGGAGUGCAGGCCGGGCAAGUACCGUCGCUACGAUGGGCUGUGCACCAACCUGCAGCACCCGACCUGGGGCGCCACCAACACCCCCUUCACCAGGUUGAUCGGACCCCUGUUCGCCGACGGCAUGACGGCGCCCCGUGUGUCCGUGGUCAACCAGCAGCUGCCCCUGUCCCGUGUGGUGUCCCGCACCAUGCACCCCGACGAGGGCUUCCAUGACCACGCCGGCACCGUGAUGGUGGUCGCCUGGGGCCAGUUCAUGGACCACGACUACACGCUGACGGGCACGCCGCUGGACCCCCUCAACAAGAACGAGCCCGAGGAGUGCUGCAACAGGCCGCCGCACCUCAAGAACCCCUACUGCAUGGAGAUCCCCAUCCCCGAGGACGACUACUUCUACCGCCUGACCAACGUGCGCUGCAUGGACUUCGUGCGCGCCUUCCCCGCCGUGCGACCGGGCUGCAGACUCGGAUCGCGUGUGCCCUUCAACACCCUGACCGGAGUCAUCGACGGCAACACCGUGUACGGUGUCACCGAGAAGUUCGCCCGCCACCUGCGUACCGGCUACAACGGCCUGCUGCGCAUGAACCCCGUGUUCAACGAGUACGGCCUGAAGGACCUGUUGCCGCUCAAGCUCGACAUCCCCGACGAGGGCUGCACCCGUCCCAACCGCUCCAUGUACUGCUUCGAAGCCGGCGAGAUCCGAGUCAACGAGCAGCUGGUGCUGACCUGCAUGCACACGCUCAUGGCCCGCCAGCACAACACUGUCGCCCGCGGCCUGGCCGCCGUCAACCCCCACUGGGACGACGAGACCCUCUACCAGGAGGCCCGCCGUAUCGUCAUCGCGCAGAUCCAGCACAUCACCUACAACGAGUUCCUGCCCAUCAUCCUCGGCAAGGAGGUCAUGGAGAAGUUCGGUCUGCUCACGCAGAAGGACGGCUACUGGGACGGCUACGACCAGAACGUCAACCCCAACGUGAUCGACGCCUUCGCGUCCGCCGCUUUCCGUUUCGGACACUCGCUCUUGCCCACGGCUAUCGAGAGGUGGAGCAAGGCUCACAAGUUCAUCGCCUCGCGCCGUCUGUCCGACCUGAUCCGUCAGCCGUACGACCUGUACCGCGCCGGAGUCCUCGACGAGUACUUCAUGGGGCUGAUGAACCAGGUGGCCCAGGCCAUGGACGACUCUGUCACGCAGGAGGUCACCAACCACCUCUUCAAGAAGCCCGGCCAGCGGUUCGGCAUGGACCUCGCCUCCUUCAACAUGCAGCGCGGUCGUGAGUUCGGUAUCCCCGGCUACAUGGAGUUCAGGAAGUUCUGCGGCCUGCCCCCGGCCGACUCGUUUGACGAGCUGCUCGGGUCCAUGCCCAACUCCACCGUCAAGCGAUACGCCUCCAUCUACGCCCACCCGUCCGACGUGGACCUCUGGUCCGGCGGAGUCUCCGAGCGCCCGCUGCCCGGCAGCAUGGUCGGCCCCACCUUCGCCUGCAUCAUCGCCACCCAGUUCAGUUACUCCAGGCGCGGAGACCGCUUCUGGUACGAGCUGCCCAACCAGCCGUCCUCCUUCACUCCGGAGCAACUGGUCGAGAUCCGCAAGACCAAGCUGUCCCGCGUCAUCUGCGACAACACGGAUCUGAUCGACACCAUCCAGGUCUACCCUCUGGUCCUGCCGGACCACGAGAUCAACCCCCGCGUGCCGUGCAAGAGCGGCAUUCUGCCCAGCCUGGACUACAGCAAGUGGGCCGACUUCAGCGGCCAGGCCGCCGCGCCCAACAGCGUGCCCUUCGUGAGUAACGUGCACUUGUAGAGCGCCGAGCCGAGUGGCGAGCCGAGUGGCUCUCCGGCCCGAGGGAGAGGAAAAAACAAACUUGCUCAAGACGGAUAGUGACGUUACCGACUGUCAGAGAGAGUGCCGGGCUGCCCCGGCCCCGGCCGCCCCGAGCCGGAAGCACACGGCAGGCAGGCCUUCUGCACUGGAGUAGCUGCCGCACCGGCCCGUUUGUUGUGCCGCACCGGCUGUUUCUAUUAUUUUUA